AUGCAGCUGAGGAUCGUUCUGCUUUACAUAUGGAUGGUCAACAACGUAAACCCUGAAGAGAAGGCACCACCUCCGGGUCCAGCUACAGUUGUUAAUGAGAGGACAAAGCGUAAAGAUGUCAAAGUUACGGAGCCACCGAAGGAGUUGGGCGGUUUUCUGCCGGUGCUUGCUAGAUCAGAGGGUGUUCCCAAUUUCGCUCAAUAUGAUAAUCAAUUUACGUCAUUGUAUCCGAUGCAGUGCGGUGCAAACGUAAAACCACUCACCACUACCGAUGCGCAUGCUAGGUGA